AUGGAGUCACCGUCUGUGCUUCUUCGCGCCAAUGCCGAGAGUCCAGAAGGCCUCUCUGUGCAGAGACAGCGCGAGACGGAGGAAGACGAGCAAGGCGGACGAGUGGAGGAAGAGGCAAAGACUGCCUCGGCCGUGAGGGGACACGAAGAGCCCUCGACGGACGAAGGCGCGAACGACGCGCUUUUGUCGCAGAUCCUCUCCAAUUUCCACAUCUCCGAGAACUUCUUCCUCUUUGGCGGCGGCCCGUUCGGGAGCGCCGCGUCCAGUCUUCAGGUUCUCGCUGCGCCGGCCGAGGACGAAGAGCGAGAAGAACAGAGGGAGAGAGAAGAUCAAAGAGAAGACGAACUGACAGAGUGUUUGCCGGGAGACGACCGCUGGUCUGGAGCCCCAUGUUUCCCUGCAAGACCAGGCCGUUGUACCAGCCUGGCUUCUCGCCUUCCGACCAAAAGGACCUGCUUCCGCCUCGGCGUCCAGCUGGACCAGACGUUCCCCUGGCUAGCAGAUCUGCCUGACGUCGCCGUGCGCAGCCUCUCGUGCGCGGCCAACCACAUUGCUCUUUUGACGGAAGAAGGCCAAAUCUUCAUCUACAAGAUCCGGCAGUAUUCUUGGCAAGGCGAAGGUUUCGACACGUGGUUGCCUCUUGCCUCGGUUGACUGCCAUUUCGUGCAUGUGGAUAUCAAGUCUCUCGACUUCGGAGACGCUCCCCUCGACGUUCUCUGCGACCCCGCGUUCGAGCCGCGGCCUUUUGUCUCCACCCCCGCGUCUUCCUGCGGUGCCUCCGGAGGGCCUUCGCCGUCUCCGGCCAGGGAGGCUGUGGCCCAAGGCAGCGAACCCAGCGCGCCGAGCUGCGGGCGAGGAGACGCAACUGUCCAGUCCGAAGGCGUUGCCGAGAACGGACAGACAGAGAAUACAGAGGCGCCGCCUCGAGACACCGGCGGAAGCGAAGCCAAACACCGUUCAGCGUGGCAGGGCGUCACAGUGUGUCGAUGCGUAUCCAGGGAAGAAGACCCCACCAGCCUUUUCGCCCUAGCUGCUCUAGAUCGGGAGGGAAACCUCUGGCUGGGCAGCAAUGCACAUUGCUGCUGUGCAGAAAGAAAAACCUUUUCCGUCUCGUCUUCUCUCUCUUGUUCUCUUUCUUCGCUUGCCUCCGUCUCGGGUUCGGCUUCUGACGGGGCUGAUCCGCAUGCGCGGUCGGCGAGAGCAGAGAACGGCUCGGUGGAGGCGGAUGCGUGCGGGAGUGCGCCUUCUUGCUCAGAGGAUAGCAAAGUGGUGGAGGGGAGACUUGCAGACGAAUCGAACAGAGCCGAGUUGUCUGAUGGAGAAGUCCGCCGCAGGUUCGACUGCGCGGGGCACUUGACGUGCACGUGUGGAGGACCGCGACGCGGCAAAGCGCAGAGCGAGGCUGGCGAGAGCGGAGACUCCUGCGGGAAAAACCAAGACGGCGACGACGAGGGCCCACCGGGGAAAGAGCGAGUCGCGAAGCUAGCGGAUUUCCGCUUCCAACACUGUCCCAUGCGGAUGGAAUCUCUGCGCCUUCCGGUUUCCCAGGGUGUCCAUGGAGGCAUGGAGGAACGUGGGGCAUGUCUCUUUUUUUCUCUCGCUGAGCUGGCUCCAGUCCCGCCCUCGCCGGGUCCCGACCCUUCUUUUCGGCCCGCGUCUCAAGGCGGCGGCUCCAGCGUGGCCGCAAAUCGCGACAAGGCUCUUAACGGCGCCUCGAAGCGCGACGCCUCGGAGAGAAGAGAAGGCUCCGCCAUGCCAGCUUCCUCUUCCUCGCCCCCGUUCUCGUGCUUCGCCUUCUUCCCGCCUCUCCGAUACGCCGUCCUGUGUCAAUCGCGACUCUACCACAAGCGCUACGGCCUCAUCAUCCGCGGAAAGACCUUGAGUUGUCGGGCGUCUCCCCUUCCUCAUGUCCCCGCCAAGGUCGUCUGUGGGAGCGAGGCAGACUGCGGGCUGAUGCUCUUCACCAACGGCGUCGCGUACCAGUGGCAAGCGACUGUCUCCGACACCGGAAAGGUGGUUCCCGGACUGCGAAAGGUUGAAGGUUCCCUCAAAGACAAACGCGUCGUGGACAUUUUCGGCGGGCAACAUGGCCCCUCGGAGCACCUCUCGAGCUCACUGUCUUCUUCCACUGCGGGCGGAGGGCGCGUCGCUGGAAGUUUCGACUUCUUUCUCUUGGACGCCUCGUCCGUUCUCCAUGAGUACAAUUUCAGUCUCGGACAAACACCAGCAAACGCGGGAACUUCGGCAGGAACUCCCUCCUCACCUUCUUCUGGCGGGGUUGGCGCGGCGGCGUCGCCUCCGCCCUCGUCGGCCGCUGCAGGGUUGUCGAGUUUCCGCAGGCCGCGCAUCCCGCAGCCCAUCGAAUGUACGCCUUUCUGCUUCGACCUGCUGUACAGCCACCCCGCGAGCGACCGGCGAGUCCCUUACCGCGUUGAGAAUUUCCCGCGGCUGCUCUCGGCGCUUCCCAAGUCGUAUUUACUCUUCAUUUUGAGUCUUCCCUCGGUCCCCCAUGAACUCGCCAGAGACAAAUACAGCUUCGUGUCUCCUUGCCACACGAUCGCGCCCCUUCCCUCGCCACCGUCUUCGUCUCCCCAGCCUGCGUCCUCUUCUUCCUCCGCUGCAUCUGUGGGCUCCUCUAGCGCUCCUAGCCAGCCCGCGACCUCCACAUCCAACACUUCCUCUAAUGCACCUAGAGCGCUCAAACCACACAGACUUCUCCCGCCUUCUUCCUCUUCUUCUUCCUCUUCUUCUUCCUCUUCUUCCUCUUCUUCUUCCUCUUCUUCUUCCUCUUCUUCCUCUUCUUCUUCCUCUUCUUCUUCCUCUUCUUCCUCCUCUUCUUGUGCCUUUCUGGCAAGAUGUGUGGAGCACUUUCUCCGCCUGAGGGAGUCUGAGAUCUCCCUGCUUUAUCGCUCUCCGCGAGUCUCUGUGGCUUCGCUCCAAACUGCACGGCGAAAGCGAGACGCGAAACACAUCGGAACCGCUUCGCCUUUUGCUGCUGACCCCCUCGUCCCCCGCUCCGCUGCGUGUCCCACUUCCGCUGGUUCGUCUGGCGUUUCGUCUCGCGGCUCUGCGCUGUCUCCUGGCGGCUCGCCUGUCUCUCCGUCUCCGUCGUCCCCGCUGUCUCCUUCCGCGCCUCUGAGAGAGGAUCGCGCGACCUCGGUGCAGGCCGUGGGAGAUUUCCUUCUGCUGCUCCGCGAGAGCGGCCACGUGGAGGCGAUUCAGAAGUCGCUUUUCGGCUUGAAAGUGUGGCGGCGAGGCGCCGGCGGACAACCGCUCGAACUUGGCGGACGACGCAGAGAGUCUCUCCACUCGGUCUCCAAGUGGCACAUCCAAGAGCUGCUUCGCCUCCACGGGAAGCUCCGCUUGGGCGUGUACGUCCCGUCGUCUCUCUUGGCCGUCGCUGUGCAGUUGUCUUCUCUCCCUUCUGGUCUUUCUCGCCAAGCUUCCUUUUCCCCGGAUUCCCUGGACUUUUCGGCCACGGACUGUUCGGCCCUGGCUAGGGAAAUCGAAACAGCGAUGAGCGGGGAGGUUCCGGCGUCCUCUCUGUCUCGCGAUCCUUCCUCGCUCGCGGUGUAUCUUCACAUGUUGCGCCUGGCGUCGUCUUCGCCUUUCCGUCUCUUUUCUGGCGGGAACUACGUGAUUUUGUCGCGUUAUCGCGUGCAAAGAAGCGGUGCCCUGACAGCCUUUCUCGGGGACGGAGAAACGGAGAGUUUGAUCUCGUCCUCGUUUGCCCAAAGGCUCGCGAAGGCCCGACACGCACGAGAGGCACGUAGGGAGAGAGAGCCCCGCCUCUCGCCUCCAAUGAAGCUCGAUCCUUCGCCUUCUGGUCUUGCAGGAGAUUCUGUUUCCGAGGCUGUGAACACCGAAGAAAAGCGAACUGGACCGACGUCCGAUGCGUCCCGUUGCCUUUCUUUUUCCUCUCCAUCUUCGUUGGAUGUGGCUCUUUUGCGGGGAGCAAAGACGCCCCGGUACGACUGUUUCUCAUGGCUUUCCUCGGCGCUCGGUGCGUCGCUCUGCUUCAGUAGCACGGCAGGAAAAAAACGUGGGGCAGAGGGAGGCCCUCACCAGGACGGAGAUGCGCUGCCGGAACCCCUCCGGCUUCUCGCUAGAGACCUUUGGAGACAUGCAUGCGCGGCCGCGGAAGAGAAUCCUCGUCUGUUUCUGCGUCUGGCGGAUCUCCAGCACGUCCUUCUUUCCCGCGGUCACGCUUUGCUGCUUCGGCUCCUCAAACAGAGUCACGCAAGACAAGAGACGGGCACGCCCGCGCCGGCAGGGAGCAGCCGCGACGAGAACGCCCACGGAGACAGGGCAGAAGGGUGGCAAGACGAGCCGGCGAAAGAGGCAGAAGGGGAGGUCGUGCGCGCGUUUGUUUCGAAUCUCAUGGCCCACUUUUCCCUCGUCUACUCAACGCUCGGCCAGAAAGAAGAGUCUUCGCCCCGGGCUGCGGUCGAGCGCAGCAACGGAGGUCGUGCAGAGUGGACGAAGCGGCGAGGCGCGUGCAGAUCGCUUGGCAGGAAGGAGCGACGGCGAGGAAGCAGCGGAGAUGGAGACGGGGAACGAGAAGAGAAGAAACGGCGCGUCGCUGUGGGGUGUGCAUCUCUCGCUCGCGGCAGACCUGGGUGGCGGAGACAGCUGACAGACAGGCGAGAGAGCGAAGACGCGGAGCCGCGUUUUUCCGGGCGCAGAAGAGGCAACGCGGCCGAAACCAGCAGGCAGAGAACGGCUGGGCGGCGAGGCGCAGAGAGAGAAGAACGGAUCAGAGCGCGGGAGAGAGAACGAGGAAGAAACACCCUCCUCGAACAGGCUCGAAGAAGGCGACUUCUCCGCCUGAAGCUCGAGCAGCGUCGGCAAAAGCGAACCGAGCCCGCGAAGGCGGAGCACGAAGAUCACGAGCAACGCGGACUCGACGGCGAGGCGAAAGCUGGUCGGGAGGAAAAGGCAGCGAAGGUGACGCCAACGGAAGGGAGGGACAAAGAGGUGGAGCGUUCUUUCGAUAGUGCCUCGCACGCAAAUCACCGAAAUGGAAAGGCAGAAGGAGGGAGACAAGAGGAAGAUGAGAAAGGAAAGGGUGAAAAGAAAGGGACGGAAGCAGAGAGAGGAGUGGACGGCGCCUCGCAGGCGGAAAGGACCGGGGUGUUGUCCGCGGUCCUUGGUAGUCGCGUGACGCCAGAAGAGGAAAAUGAACAGGAACAGCCAAGGCUUCCGACACCCGCGAGUUCAGGCUGA